AUGUUCAACGGUGAUCCUUCAUUCCCCCCUGUCCCUACCCUUACCACCGAGCAGAUUCAAAAGUACUUGGAGGAGAAUAAGGAGCUGAUCCUGGCAAUUAUGGAAUGUCAAAGACUCGGAAAGUUCGCUGAGAUUGCACAAUAUCAAGCAAAGCUUCAGCACAACUUGACUUUUCUAGCCAAACUUGCGGAUGCAGGGCCUCAAGCUAUGCAACAGGGGCAAGGCAUGCAGCAACCUCAUAUUCCAGUGUCUCAGCCACAACCAGAUCACUCUAUCAUGAACUUGACCUUGGAUAUAAAUGAUCAGCAACAGCAUCUUGGAACAUCUCUACAUCAACCUGAUAUUUCUACUUCAAAGUUGCCUUUUCAGAUGAAUGAACAGAACCAUAAGGUGCCAUCUUUCUUCCAACAACACCAACUUAUCCCUGGACAAAUGGGUAGCUUUCCUGCAAACAAUAGUGGCAUAUAUCAGAUUCAGGGAUCUCAAACAAGACUUGGCAAUAGCUCAGAUACGCCAUCAAACAACCAGAUUGGCUCAGAUUUUGGUCCUUGGUCUUAA